GAGGACUGCGGGGGUGGCGGUCACGUGCCGCGGGCGGGGCGGCGCAGGCGCGGUGGCGCGGCGGAGGCGGGCGGAGGCCAUGGCCGGUCCCGCCGCGCCAUGAGCGCCAAGGCGGAGGCCCCCUGGGCGGGGACGGGCGGCGGCUCGGCGGCCGCGGCGCCCGGCUCGCCCGGCGGCAUGAAGCCGGCGCUGCCGUCCGCCUCCCCGCGGGCCGCGCCGGGGGGCGGCCUGUUCGGGUGGCUGCGGGAGCGCUGCCUGGGCCGCAGCGCCGCGGUGGAGCCGGCGCGGGACACGUUCCGCGCCAUGACCGGGCUGUACGGCUCCAUCCAGCCCGCCGACUCCGUGUACCUCAGCACCCGCACGCACGGCGCCGUCUUCAACCUCGAGUACUCGCCCGACGGGUCGGUGCUGACUGUCGCGUGUGAACAGACCGAAGUGCUGCUGUUUGACCCAAUAUCUUCAAAGCACAUCAAAACCCUCUCUGAAGCUCACGAAGACUGUGUAAAUAAUAUCAGGUUUCUGGAUAACCGGCUGUUUGCGACGUGUUCCGAUGACACUACGAUAGCACUUUGGGAUUUGCGGAAGCUGAACACAAAAGUGUGCACUUUGCACGGUCACACCAGCUGGGUCAAGAACAUCGAGUACGACACCAACACGAGGUUACUGGUGACAUCGGGGUUCGAUGGAAACGUCAUCAUCUGGGACACAAACAGGUGCACAGAAGAUGGAUGUCCCCACAAGAAGUUUUUUCACACCCGUUUUCUUAUGCGAAUGAGGCUGACCCCAGAUUGUUCGAAAAUGCUGAUCUCGACCUCCUCCGGAUAUCUUCUGAUUUUACAUGACCUUGACCUAAACAAGUCUUUGGAGGUUGGCAGCUACCCUAUUUUACGGGCCAGGAGGACGACGUCGAGCUCAGACAUAACGUCGUCGGGGUCGUCUGGCCCUCGAGCUGCUGGCUCACCCUGUCACCAGAACGACGCGGGGCCGCUCUCGGAGAAACACCUGCCACGGUCCUCCCAGCGAGAAGGCGGGUCCCCCAGGAACAGUUUGGAGGUGCUGACACCGGAGGUUCCUGGAGAGAGAGAUCGAGGCAACUGCAUCACGUCGCUGCAGCUGCACCCGAAGGGCUGGGCCACGCUGCUCCGGUGCUCGAGUAACACGGACGACCAGGAGUGGACUUGUGUCUAUGAAUUCCAGGAAGGAGCCCCGGUGCGCCCCGUCUCGCCGCGCUGCUCCCUGCGCCUGACGCACUGCAUCGAGGAGGCCAACGUGGGCCGGGGUUACAUCAAGGAGCUGUGCUUCAGCCCCGACGGACGCAUGAUCUCGUCCCCGCACGGCUUCGGGAUCCGCCUGCUGGGGUUCGACGCGCGCUGCAGCGAGCUCGUGGACUGCUUGCCCAAGGAGGCCAGUCCGCUGCAGGAGAUCCGCUCCCUGUACUCCCACAACGACGUGGUCCUCACCACCAAGUUCUCCCCAACGCACUGUCAGAUCGCCUCGGGGUGCCUUAGCGGACGCGUUUCUCUCUAUCAGCCAAAGUUCUAGGCACAUCUGGCACACCAGGACCUUCAGAUGCUUGUGGUUUCUACUUCAGUUUAGUUGAAGUGUGUUCUCUCCGGCACGCGGGGCCCUGGACGGGCGGUGGAAGGAGCUGCUGACUGCGCGGGCCCCGCGUCGCUCUCCUGCGUCCGUAGCGUAACGAUUCCUGCAAUGCAACUCGAAGGGGAUAUUUGGGACACCCGCGGCGGGCGGCAGCUCGGCCCCGGCGUGACGCCUCCUGUGCCAGAGGAGCGGGACCCGUCACCCGCGCGUCCCCGCAGCGCCCGCACCGUCGUUGGACAACGAGCUGCUUUCCUGUGCAACUAACACAGCUAGUAACUGUCACAAAAAGAGAAAAACGUGUUUUCACUUAUAUCUCGAUUUGGCUGUUUGCGAUUGGCUAGAAAAAUGAGCUUCCUGCGAUGUUCUGCCGUAGUUGGAAUUCUGUUUUUCUGUGGCUGCACAUAUUGUGUUUAUUUCCAGAAGGAAGAUGUUCUCGGCUCCUCGGCGCUCGCUGGCACAGCGGGCACGGUGACCGGGUGGCGGUCGUGACAUUCGUACCCCGGGGGUCCCGGGUGUCCCCUCCGGGCCGCCUGGUCUCCUCAGCCGCCGCGUUGGGCGCGGGGCGCUGCAGGAUCCCCCGGCGCUCGGGCCGUGUCCCCGUCGGUCCCCGCUGGGCCGGGUGAGCAGCGGCCCCGUCUGCACGACACCUGCUUGGGUCUAACUGGGCUGAGCCUAAGAGUUGAAAAGCAUUCGCCAUUGAGUCGCCUGUGAAUGCCAACUUUUACCCCUCUAGUCGAUGUAGCUGACGCUGUUCCGGUCUUGUGUGUCCAUACCAGUUUAUAAUGUUCUCAUCACUUACGUGUUCCAAGAUUUAUUUUUUACGUUAGUGUUUCACCACGGGUUGGCUGAUGAAUCACACGCUUUACCUACGAAGGACAGUCGUAUCCUGGUGCUGUCCCGGCCCCACGGCUCCCUGCUCUGUGUGGACGGGGCGGCGGCCGCGCGCACCCGCGUUCCUCUGCGCUGCUCGGGGGUCGUGUCCUCCCCCGGGCCGUCCCACCCCCGGACCACGGUGGCUGCUGCUUCCUCGCCUAAUGUUCUGCCAAACAUCAGAAUGUUGCCUGUAGUCCCUUUAAUGCAGAAAUCUCAAAUACUGUUCUCACAGGUUGAACCGUGUUGGUUCUGGAAGCGAGAACGCGCCCGUGGAACCGGCGCGGCUCGUGGGUUCGUGUGUCCGUUCUCACGGCAGGUUUUGGCUUUCCCGGUCAGGAACUCCUCGAGCUGGUAGAUCGCUUGUGACUUUAGUUCUCUGCCUGUUAAUAUGCACUGAGUGUUCCUUUGGUAAUUCUACCUCAUGAAAUGCUGUUUCUCACACGAGUGUCGCGCCGAGGCGCCGGCGUUCCCGUGCGGACGGUCGCUCGGCGCGGCCGCCGCGGUCCCACCGGCGUCACCCGCGCGUCCACGCACCACGGUGACGGUGACGAUGUGCCGUAGAAGCGUUGCCUGGUUCCUCUGAUUACGUUUGUGAUAGGUUUGAAUUAAAUAGGUAGUAUCUUAGAUUUUGAUCAUUUGAUUACUCCCGUUCAACAGUACUUGGGAAUUUUCAAUGAGGGUUGGUCUGUUUUACCUACAAAGUUCAUGUAACACUGAAACAGUGUUGUAGUUUAUAACUGAUACGCCUUGCAGUUGCAUCUUGGUGGAAGGAGUGAUUUCAGUUGUCUUUCUGAAUACUGCUGCCUUGCCUUAUUGAAAUAAUGAAUUGAUUUCUUGGUGAGCUUUUGGUUAUUUCUAGGUAGUAAAGAAAUAACAAAAAGUGUAUGUUACUGCUGUGUUUCACAAGUUGAAUUCUUAACCUUCCGGAAGUACCCAAAACUGACUGAAAUGAAUACCAGAAAACGUUUGAAACGUUGGCUGAAGGGCUGGAGCGAAGACCGGCAGCGCCUCGCACCGGCUGUCGUUACGCUGGUUUCCUUCCGGCCACGCGACUGUUGUCACCUGAUCGAUUCCGCGGUAUUUCUGCUGAAGGUGGAGCUCCGUCUGAUUGUACAGCAUGCAGUAUGUUUUCCAAAUGCAUGGUUUCACGUUCAUUAAUUCUGAAGUGAGAUGAUCGCCCCGCUCGCAGCGCGGCCGGUGGGCAGCGGCAGGUGAGCGGCGUCCCCCCCGCGGCUCCUGGCGCUCGCGGCACCAGACGCGGUUCCCGGGGGCUCCGCCGGCUGCGGGCGCCGCGGGGGGGACGACGGGGACGUCCGCGUGCGCGCGACGUUCAGGGACAACCGUGACCUCCAGACACCACUAUUGGGGAUACACGCGGCGACGCGGACACGGGCGCUCGUUUGCACUCUCGGGAGUCGCGGUGGGGACAGUUCGGUUGCCUACGACCAGAAUUAGAAUGUAAACAUCAGGUUUUUGGGGUUUUGGGGGGUGGUGGGAGUUUGUCGAUGUGUUCUUUUCUUUUAUCUGGGAAGCACGUGGAGAAGGUCCCGGUACCACCACACGCGGGUCUGCUGCCCCGUGAAACGUGAACUCUUGGCAAAAACAAACACGCUUGCCACAUGAAAGCUUUUAAAAAACACAGUUUACAAGAUUCUGAAAAGUUGGAGUAAAAGUCGACAGCCCGUAAUAUUUUUGUCCUGCAGGAAAAACAAACUUCUCAUGUCUGAUCUUAGUCAAAGGUGCAUUUUCGUAAGCACUAAGUAUCUUCAGUUAAGGUUUUUAAUACAAGAACAAAUUGUGCAUGUAGAAUAUUUUGAAAUACCUGAGAUUUCAUAGUAAAAAUUGUAGCCUUUUAAUACAGUAUAGGAACUAUCAGAACUGCUCUGAAAAUAUUGUACUUGCAGCCGUACAGUAACUAUUUGUGGACAGUUUCUCUUGCUUGCAUAAUAAAUUAAACAUUUAAUAAUUCAAUGAAUUAAAA